CAGUUAGUGAGCAUCUUCCGCGUUAUUGAGACGUGUCUGGGGAAGAGCAAAGAUAGAAUUUAAGAGAAUUGGCGCGAAAUUUACUGAAUUCAAAGUUGUUCUGUCGGUUUUAUAUGAAGUUUUAUUAAAUAUUAAUUAAUUUUAGGAAUCAUUGCAGAGUGUGAUAGGGUCAAUCUGGGGCCAAUUUAUAACCUGUGUCACUGAAAUUUAUGCGAUUGUUUCAGGUCUUUUAAUAGUGUGGUGUUUGUUAUUAAUAAGUUAUAAUGUGUGACAUCGAACACAACGGAGAGAAAGAUGUGCCAGAGGAAGAAGGCACAGAGCUGGAGCUGGAGGCUCUAUACAGGCGGUAUUGCGUGCGUCUCAAACAUUCCCUCUUCGUGUCAGCCCUCUUUGUGACGUUGCUCUGUUGCAUCGUGCUGCUGUGCGCGGUGUGCAUAUUGAAUGCACAUUCGCUAAACUCCCAGGCCACAACGAUAUCCGCCCUCUCAGUGAUAACGUUCAUACUGACAGUGGUGCUGUCCAUGGCGCUUCUCCCGGCGGCUGAUGAGUGGGAGGCGCUGGCGUUGACGGGCUCCGUGCUGGUCACUGUGUGUCUCGGCGCCGGCACUCUGAUGGCCACACAUCAUGCACCACUGCCACUGUUUGCACUUAUAUUGAUGGUGCAUACCAUGAUGCCCAUAGCCAGGUCGAUAGCCCUCGGUAUGGCGGCCGCACUCACCCUGGCAUAUAUGGGACUAGCGAUCGGACUCGGACCGCAAGGAAUGGAGGGACAGUUUUAUCAGCAGCUGGUGUGUGAACUGGCGUUGCUACUAUCAGCGAGCGGUAUUGGUUUAUAUUACCGAGCCCUCACUGAACGAGCUCAUCGGAAUACCUUCGCUGGCACCAGAACAUGCUUGGAACAGAGAGUCAAACUGGAGUGUGAGAGGGAACAGCAAGAGAGUCUCCUACUGUCAGUCAUACCGGCUUACAUAGCUGCGGAGGUAAAGCGUUCGAUAAUGCUGAAAAUGGCGGAGUCCUGUGCCGACACCUCAAAGCAGACUCGUUUCCACGAGAUGCACGUACAGAGGCACAACAACGUCAGUAUACUUUACGCUGACAUAGUCAACUUCACGCCUCUCUCUGAGCGACUCAGUGCCUCCGACCUCGUGAAGACUUUGAACGAACUCUUUGGUAGAUUCGAUCAAAUCGCUCAGGAGAAUCAAUGUAUGAGGAUCAAAAUCCUCGGCGACUGUUACUACUGCGUGUCAGGGCUACCCGUGUCGAGACCGAACCACGCGUACAACUGUGUGAACAUGGGUUUACAGAUGAUAGACGCUAUACGUUUCGUCCGCGAGGCGACCGGCUUCAACGUGGACAUGAGGAUAGGGAUCCAUACUGGGAACGUGCUCUGUGGAGUGCUCGGACUCAGGAAGUGGCAGUUCGAUGUGUGGAGCGAUGACGUCACACUCGCCAAUCACAUGGAGUCCGGGGGUAUAGCCGGUCGUGUUCACAUCACGAAGGCUACUAUGCUGCAGUUGGCGGGUAGGUUUGAAGUGGAGCCGGGAGACGGUGCCUCCAGAGAGGGUUACCUCGCGGAUCAUAAGGUGGAGACAUACCUUAUUGUACCGCCUAAGAAACCAGGUGUUUCUGAGAACGGUCGUCUGUCUGUGUGUACCGUUGACCGCAAGGCGAGUAUUGUCUCGUCGAUAUACCCUGAUACCUCCCCGACCAAGCCUAAGGACAUCAGCCCGGCACCCUCGCAGAACAGUUUCAUUGAUACGGACGUUCAGCCCAGGGUCAUGAGGGCGGAGUCCAUGAGGAACCCUGGAGAUCUGAGCAGAAGAGCGUCAGUGAGAGUGGACGGUCCAAAAGCUGUUGCGUUUGAUAACAACAACGCCGCGAACACAGACGGUGUUGGUAACGGAACUGUUGUCACCAAACCGAAGAGUCGAAGUGGAUCCAUUAUAGGUGCUAUCAGUCCUAUAAUGGGUACAGAAAGUGAGACAGAAAGUGUACCCGUACUUCCGGAAACGGUACAACCUACGUUGUUUCACCGGAUGUUGAGUACAAUAUCCGUGGAGUCACUAACGACUCCUGGAGUGCCUUCAAGGUCUCGACCUUCAAGCAAGAUGACCAAAUACGUAGAGUGCUGGGGCGCGGACAAACCUUUCGCUAAUAUCACAGACUCUACACUAGCUAAGAAUAUUGGAAUAUCCAGUCUAGCGAUGAUAGAACAACAUCUGCUGCCGCAGAGAACUUGUUGUGACUGCAGCGAUCACUCAGAUGGUCUUCAUCGAGUGACGCUUGGAUUUAAGUGCAGAGAACAAGAGCGCCGCUACAGCGCGGAACCCGACCACCAGUUCAAAUACUACGUGAGCUGUGCAGCGGCACUGUUCCUACUGAUGGCAGCGCUGCAGCUGCUUACGGUUCACAGGAGUGUAGUGAUAUACGCGUCUUUCGGCCCUACUCUACUAACGUUAUCAGUGUUUACGUUUCUGUGUUGGUGGGACGGAGCACAGCCUGACAGCUACGACAACUGCACUAAACCAGCUCAGGUCGUGUCCAACAACUGGUACAUCAGGCUGACGAUGUUCGUGAUAUCAGUCAUCCUGAUCAGUACCUGCGCUGUUAUUAAUUUGUUCCAGGAGUUCAUCUAUCAGGAGUACUCGGUGGAGGUUUGGGACGGCAGUUAUAAUGACACUAACAUAACCACCGUCUUCACUGAGCUGGACAUCGACUCGACUCCGAGCUACGUGUACAGCUCGGUGUUGUCCCUGGCGUGUGUGUCGGUGUUCCUCCGCGGCGGGUUCCUGGUGAAGGCUGUACUAACGGCGGUCACACUGGUCGCCCACCUCACAGUCUACCACUACGCCAUGCUGUUCGCUCUCUACCAGACACACACUGAAUUCCCUUCCCUGCCGUACUCCGCUAAGGCUGGUCUGGUGCUAGUGUUCUUAGCUGCUCUACUUCAUAUACUGGACAGACAGAUAGAGUUCACAUCCAGGACGGACUUCCUGUGGAAAGAUAAACUGAAGCUGGAACAGGAGGAAGUGGAAACGAUGAGAGGAAUCAAUAAGAUUCUUCUCGAGAACAUUCUACCAGCUCAUGUGGCUCAACAUUUUCUAACAUCAGUCGCAUCCAAGGACGAGCUCUACCACGAGCGUUACUCCAGUAUAGCGGUGAUGUUCGCUUCCAUCCCCAACUACAAGGAGUUCUACGAUGAGACCGACGUCAACAAACAAGGCCUGGAGUGUCUCCGGCUGCUCAAUGAGAUCAUAUGUGAUUUUGAUAAGUUGCUGUUGAAGCCGAAGUUCAGUUGCAUUGAGAAAAUUAAAACAAUCGGCAGCACUUACAUGAUAGCGUCCGGACUGCGGCCGGGGAAAGAAGAACAGAUAGACGGGAAUAGUAAAGAAGAGCACACUGUCGCUAUACUGAUAGAGUUCGCGGUCGCCCUGAUGACGAUACUAGAUCAGAUUAACAGAGAGUCCUUCCAGAGGUUCAAGUUGAGGAUAGGCGUGUCUCACGGGCCCGUCAUAGCCGGCGUGGUGGGGGCGCAGAAGCCUCAGUACGACAUCUGGGGGAACACCGUGAACGUCGCCUCCCGGAUGGACUCCACGGGACUCAUGGGCCGGAUACACGUCACCGAAGACACCGCCAGGGUGUUGAUGAACGCCGGUUACACUUGUGAAUGUCGAGGUCCGACGUUUGUUAAAGGUAAAGGAACUUUGAUUACAUAUUUCGUCAAAACACCAAAUGUCGGCGGCGGACUAUGAAUAUGCAGGAUGAUUAGAAAAAUAAAAAAUAGGUUAAAUAAAGGACAAGCCGAAUCAGUAGAUUAAGAAUAUCGACUUAGAAUUAUUUCCAAUAAUUCAUUUUAAUGUUAAGAGACGUAUUAAACUUUGAAUAAAUAAAACUACCCUCUACCUCCACACACCUCUCUAUAACCAAUACCUUAUGUACCUAGUAUAUAUAUGUAUGUAUAUAUAUGUAACAUACCAUUUGUUGAGAUGUUGUCUCUUACAAACAUUAAUAAGCCUAAAGCUCGGUGAUAGGAAUAUACUCACUAGUAUAACUUAUUUUCUCGUUUCAAAUUCAUUGUGAAGGCCUAUUUUUGUAAACAUUAUUUACAAUGUAAUUAUAUUAAGUAGAUGAUUAUUUUUAUUUAUAAGUCAUAUUUAUUUAUUUAUAUUUACGGUAUUUAAUUGUAAAAAAAUAUUGCAUUUAUUAUAAAUACAUGUUUUAAAAACUCGAAUCAUAUCUGUGUAAUAAUAAUAUAUUAAGUAGAGAAUUGCUCAUUACGAAUGUAUGUGUAUUAUAACAAAGCCAAACUAAUAUGAAAUAUGGUCGCGUGCUUCGGCGGUAUGUGAAGUUGAUGGCCAGAUUAAAUAUUCAUUGAAACA